AGUAGUCCGACUAGAAGCGAGACGGAGGGAUUUUACAUUCGGCGGUCCGGUUCAACCUGUCAAGGACCGAGCAGACAGACAGAGAGAGAGAGAGAGAGAGACAGGGAGACAGAGAUCUGGAUCUGGCUGUCGGACAAACUCUGUGCAUUCCCUGAGAACAACUGAAGCCGACAUGGUGGAACUAAAAGCAGCAGCUCUAUUACUUAUCACCUUCUGUCUCUCCGCACACCCUGCCUCAGGCUCCUAUCCGCGAGCACAGAAUGUCACUUGGAAAUCCACCAACUUUAAAACCAUUUUGACCUGGGAGCCCAAACCAUCAGCGAAUUACUCCUACACAGUGGAGUUCUACACGGCUAACGGGGACAAACAGAGGAACCGCCACUGCAUCCGCUCCCAAUCCACAGCGUGCGAUCUGUCCAGCUCUCUAACGGACCUGAAUGCCUACUACACAGCUGACGUCAUGUCUGAACCCCCGCUGGGGGCCACCUCGGACCUCGUGGAGUUCCCCCACACCAGCUCACCGCGAUUCAACCCCUACAAAGACACUGAUAUAAGCAGACCUGACUUCAAGAUGAUGGUGAGCGAAGACAAAAAGAAGAUCACCCUGUACGUGACUGACCCACUCACCGCCUUGUUCAAAGACGGCCGCCAGCUGAACAUCAGGGACGCCUUCGCCGAUCAGCUGCAGUAUAAAGUCACCUACGGGAAAAAUAAGAGCAGCGGCAAGAAAGUGAACACCUCUGUGACCAACGUGAUAGAGCUGAGUGGUCUGGACCCGGGGCAGAGCUACUGCUUCAACGUCCAGGCUUACAUUCCCAGCCGCAGCAUCGACAAGCAGCUGGGAGAGAUGAGCCAGGCGCAGUGCUCCGACAAUGACAACCCGUCCAUUUUUGAAGUGUACUCGGUGGGCGUGGUCGCUGCGGCCAUCUUCCUCGUCCUGCUGCUGAUAGGCCUCGUCAUCGCCGUCACCGUGAUCUGCUGCAAGCGCAGGAAGAACGCUCUGAAGAGGGGGAAAGAAGAAAAGCCACUACGCGAUGUAUAGACACACAGACAGACAGACAGACACUGUUUUUUACACAAAAGUAUGUUGAACGUUAGUAUACACAUCGAGUAUGUAGUACAGAGGAUGCAGGACGCAACCCAGAUUUAGUCCCAACAUUCCUCAGCCAAACACUGGAAUCAAAUGCUUUCUUUAGUUUCUGUGAAACUGCCUCUGAAUAUGUCAGACAUUCUUUAUUAUUUUUUUUUUUUAUCAUUUCAUGCUGCAGAAAAAGAGACUUUAGGAAAACACUGUUUGAACACUCCUGCUGUACACACUAGUCAUGUUGCUGAAGCUGUAAUAUUCCACACCUUGUCUUUUUAUAUAUUCGGUGAGCGGUACCUCCUCUGAUGGCUGUAGAUAAUCACUACCUUUUAUUUAUUUAUGUCAUUUUAUAGUGUAUUUUCUAACUUGAAAUUACUUGAUCACAUGAUUUUUUUGGGAGACUGAUGAAAUCAACACCCUAGCAUACAUUAUUUUUGUAAGUGAUGAUUAAUUUAUUGUGUUUAUUUGAGAUUAACAUUUGUAGGAUUUUGGCUAUUUUAUACUUCAGAUGGUUGCACAUCAUUUUAUUACGUGGUGAAAUUUUGGAGUAAUAAAUAUUUUACAGAACACGA